UACAUAUAUCAUAUCCUUCCGCAAGCUUCCAUAAUCAGACGGACGCCUCGUGGUUCUAGCUUUUGGGCCUUUAGGGGCUUGCACGUGCGUUGCGCGCCCAAACUCUCUCUCCUCCAUCCACUCGUCCGCUAUCAACCAUGUCGCUGCGGGAAAAGGCUGAAGAUCUCAGGAAAACGAUCGAUAAUCUCCUCGUGGUGGGAGUUGACAUGGCGGUUCCAAUUCUCAGGGUCGUCAAUGCUACCGCUGAUUGGUGUCCCCCUCUGAAGAUGGCGACUGGCGGUGCACUCUCCAUCUUCGACGAGGUUAAAAAGUUCAAGGAGAACAAGAAGGAAUGGGCUGAUUUUGGUGAAUACGUAGCUAGCACUGUGGCCAAGGUAGUUUCAGCCAUAAAGUCUUAUGAUGUGUCAGCGGGGGAGGCAGGGUCAUGGGUGGAGGGUGUCGCGGAGCUUGGGAGCGCGCUACAACGCAUCCAGUCCAACAUCAAACAAAGACUCAGAGAACUAGAGGAACGGUCAGGUGUAAGAAAUGCACUGUCUCACUAUCGAGACCCUGGAAAAUUCGAGGGCCUAAAGAAAGAUUUUGACAAAGCGCUGGCAUCGUUUCAGUUUAGGACGAAUUUAACAAUUGGUGUCGAAUUAUCGACUAUAAAGGACAGCUUAAACCGGCUGGAGGGUGCGAUUGACGUUAAAGUGUCAACCAUAGAGGACAGCCUAGACCAUAUGGAGGGUGCGAUUGGCGUCAAAUUGUCGACCAUGGAGGACAGCUUAGACCGUCUGGAGAGUGACCCAAUCCUUGAUGAUCUCCGAUAUCCUCAAAUCGCCCAUCAUGAUUCAACAGAGGCGUGCCUAGGUGGCACCAGGGUCGAUCUCACGGAGCGUAUCAUGAACUGGUGUCGUAACACCGGGGAUAACGAGAACCGGCUGAUGCUACUGACCUCCGUCGCUGGCGCUGGAAAGACUUCGAUUGUGCACACGAUUGCAGAUAGAUGUAACAGGGAGGCUGUCCUGUUGCUAUGUUUUUUCUUCAGAGCAGGCGAACAGCCACGGCCGGAUUGUUUAUUCAGCGGCAUUGCACGAGCUCUAGCAAGCCGUGACACAGAUUACCGUACCUUCAUUAUCUCUGCCCUUCGAAAAGACCCCACCCUCUCAACAGCUCCAUUCACGAUGCAGUUCCAGGAAUUGGUGGCUUCACCUCUCCUCCAUAUGCGUUGGCGUCCAAGCCGUCCUAUGGUGGUCAUUAUCGAUGCUUUAGACGAAUGUGAUGAAGAAGCGUAUCAACCCCUUGCUAAGAUUCUUUGCGAGGAAGUACCCAAGUUACCGUCUUCCAUAAAGUUUUUCGUUACUUCAAGACAUGUUGAUCUUGUUAAUCGGUCCCUCUCACGCCAUUUUCCUAUCGAUCACCUCACCAUUGAUCUCCUGGAUGACACAAAUAUGCAUGAUUGUGCUGCAUACAUCGAAUUCCAGCUACAAGAGCUUAAGAAAUGGCAUCCCGACUUAUCGCAUAAACUCCAAGAUGAAGAUAGUGCGGUGCAAGAGAUCCGGGAACGAGCAGGUGGUUUGUUCAUUUGGAUCAGCACCAUCUUUCGCUAUAUGAAGAAGCCUAGGAAGAAUCCUAUGAGAACACUGGAGAGCCUGCUCGACACCGGGACCAAACCGUCGAAGGUGCCCACUGAGAAGAUGAUGGACGACCUAUAUACGAGGAUUUUGAAGAAGUUUGAUUGGGAGGAUCAAGAUUUUGUGCAUGACUACCCGAUUGUGAUGGGAGCGAUCUUCGUUGCUCAGCAGCCUCUGUCCAUCACAGCCUGGGAUGCAAUUCUAUCACCUUUUCUCAAUUCUUCUGUUCAAUAUGCUUUGGCCGAACUUGCUCCUCUGCUCUCAGGAGUUGAGGAUUCCCACAUUCCGGUUCGCAUCUUACACCAAUCUUUCCGCGAUUUUAUUGUCGAUCGGAUCGAUCCCCAAACAAUCAGCUCUCAUUUUACUCUGAUAACGGUGGGGGUGGAGAAUGCCAGGGUCGCCCUGAGAUGUACCGAGAUUUUAAACAAGGAUCUCUGCUCUGUGAAUGGCUUAGGACAGAUUGAAAACUUGUCUGAAAAAGAUGAAAUGCCGCGCAUUCCUCCAAAGGAGCUAUCUGAGCACUUUCGUUAUGCAUGUCGCCACAUCAUCCAUCACCUCAGUGGAGUCCAGGGACGGUCUGAGGAGCUUGCUGGGCCAGUCAGUAUGUUUCUGAGUCAGGAAGCAACUCAGUGGGUGGAAGUCUGUGUGAGAAUGGAAAACUACGUCAGUAUCUCAUUACUCCCUGAGUGGGCUAAGUUGGCUGUUGACCACAGGGCUGUUAGCACACUGGCUGAAGUGCUUACCCGGCUUCCGUGGAACCUGAAAUUUUUUUCAAGAUUCCAGGAGGCAUAUGAGGCAGCAAACGAUUCUGUUGAACUCUGCCGUUACCUUUUUUCUGUGGACUCAAGUUCCUACACCCUGCCUUUGGCUGAGUCACUCAACAGUCUGUACAUCGCUCUUUCUGGACUCGGACGGCACUCGGAGGCGCUCCCAUUCAUUGAAGAAAGCAUCAAACUCCGUCGCCAGCUAGUUUCCAUUAACCCAGGAUCAUACACCCCAGAUUUGGCCAGCUCACUCAACAACCUAUGUAAUGCUCUUUCCAAUCUCGGAUGGCACUUGAAGGCACUCCCAUUCAUUGAAGAAAGUGUCAAACUCUAUCGCCAGCUAGUUGCCAAUAACCCAGGAUCAUACACCCCGGAUUUGGCCAGGUCACUCAACAAUCUAUGUAAUGCUCUUUCUAAUCUUGGAUGGCACUCGGAGGCACUCCAAUUUGUUGAAGAAAGUGUGAAACUCCGUCGCCAGCUAGUUGCCAUUAACCCUGGAUCAUACACCCUGGAUUUGGCCAGGUCACUCAACAAUCUACGUAAUGCUCUUUCCAAUCUCGGACAGCACUCGGAGGCACUCCCAUUCAUUGAAGAAAGCGUCAAACUCUAUCGCCAGCUGGUUGCCAUUAACCCAGGAUCAUACACCCCGGAUUUGGCCAAUUCACUCAACAAUCUAUGUAAUGCUCUUUCCUAUCUCGGAUGACACUCGGAGGCACUCCCAUUCAUUGAAGAAAGUGUCAAACUCUGUUGCCAGCUAGUUGUUGUUAACCCAGGAGCAUACACCCCGAAUUUGGCCAGGUCACUCAACAAUCUUUAUGAUGCUCUUUCCAAUCUUGGACAGCACUUGGAGGCACUCUGUCAGGGCACGCCCGCCUGACCCGGCCCCACCUAACCCGAUGCCCCACCAUCCACUCCUCCCGACCUCCCCCCUCUUCCCCUUUUCUCCCUUCCCUUCCUUCCUCUCCUUCUUUUCUAUUCUCUCUCCUCUUUAUUCCUUUCUUAUCACACGGACGACUUCCUUUGUAUCAAUGUACCAUUGACCCGGCUGCAGUGUAACGCGCCCGAACCCGGACACACCGGAC